AUGAUUUAUAAUCAAUUCCCAUUUUUAGAUUUUCUAAACGAUUUAGAAGUAAAUGAGUCUUGUGGUAAGUAUAAAAAUAUAGUAACACAAGAAAAUGAAAUACAUAUUUUUCAAAAUGAAUAUUUUUUAGGCUUACAAACUAAAAAAUGGAUGGAAUAUGAAGAUCUUAUGAAAACUUUAAAUAGCAAACUAUACUCAACAAGCUGUUAUCGUGUGAUUAACUAUGAUGAUUUAAAAUUACCUAAAAGUAUAUUUUUUAAAUGUAAAAGAAGUAGUUUUAAUUGUAAAGAUAGACUUUUUACUUUUUUAACAAAUCUAUUCAGUAUACCUAAGAAUACUCAUUCUUUAAUGUCUGUAAAAGAUGUUAUUGAAUACCUGAAUGAACACUUUUGUUUUUAUCCAGAUGUAUCAAAGUACAUUAAGUAUAUGUUAUUCACCAGUAAACCACAUGAUGAAUAUGAUAAAAAGGUUUUAGCUUGCUCAUAUGAAAAUAAAGAGACUGCUGAAAAACUCAAAUCAAUAGAAAUUAAAAACAUGAACAUAGUUUGUCUGACAGAUGCUUUUGCACAAUUAAUAAGAAUUUUCAAAAAGAAAAAUUUCUAUUUUGCAAUAAGAAAUGAUGCUUAUGAAAAGAUAAUUGAUUUCCUCUCAGAAAAAUGUUUUUUAGAAAUUAAUUAUUUAGAAAAUCUUUUUAAAUAA